CAGAGAAGGGCUCCAUGCAAUUUGUCAAACAGAACUCAUUCCCCCUGCAGCUGGCGAGAGGCCUGAACCAGAUGACCCAGAAGGUCCCUUCUUGCCAGGAGUUUCCAUGAUUCUGCAAGUGGGAAGAAAACCCUGAAGUGAGCCCAGUGCCAAAUAUGGUUGGGCUAGGUUCUUGGCAGGCACUCGAGGGAGGCUGGUGGUGGUUUUAGUCCCAUUUAGAUCACAGUUGGCCUGUGCCCACAUCCUGGGAGUGUUCGUGCCUAUGGAUAGGAUCUCGUGACCUGUGGAAAGAGCUGCCAAGAAAGUUGGGACCUAAGGAUGCUCUCCAGGUUUCCCCUCUGCCCAUUCAUUCAUUCAUUCAUUCAUCCUUCAGAUGGAGGGCUCUCCAUGAGCAAGACACUGCUUUAAGUCUCAGAGAGACUAACUUUGUCUUUAACCUGGAAUAAUGCCAGAUAUCAGAAGUACUUAAUGCCCACCUCUGCCCCUGCAUCUCCUGUAAUUACCCAGUCAUCCUCCCACCUAAAUAAUAAUCUCCUAAUUGCUGAAAUCCAGCUCCAGUGGCCAACAGAUUCUAGACAUUCCUAGAUGGAGGCCCCCCAGUGUCUCAGAAACGCUCCUGCCUCCCAUGCAAAUGGCCAACAGGCAGCCCACACACUGACCACAGGACUUCAUUGGCCAUGCUGACAACAAUCUCAGCUGGACCCACUCAGGAGAACAUCUGACAGUAACUAUAAUGAGACAUUCUUAUUCUCUAAGGAUGAGAAAAGCAAGGCUCUGAGAGAUGAUGCAACCUGUCUUUCUAAGAAGGUAGAACCGGGAGUCUGUCUUGACAGCAAAGCCUGGGGCAAGCCGCCAUUUCUCUGGGCCCCAGUUUCCCUGUUGAAAAGCCGGGGCCGUGAAGCCUUCCCUGGCUCCCACUGCAGGUUGGCGUGGGAAAUCAGGUGAUAUCAUGCUUUGACAGAUGUGUGGUGGAUGAAAAUGAGUGGAGGUGGAUCUUUGUGAUAGAAAUAAUGAUGCCUGUGUUCAAAGGUAUGCUUGUGAUUUUUUUUCUCUAUUUGAAGAUGAAGCACUUCCCAAGAACGUCUGAAGAGGAAAAAUCAUUGCUCUUCGAUGAUGGCCAUUUUGAAACUACAGUUUUCCACCAGGGACUGUUGUUAUGGAACAUGAAUAGGAGUAUAUGGAGGAACAGUGAAAUAAUUUCUAUCUUUAGUGUUCACAAAGCACUUUCAAAUCCAUGGCCCACCGAAUCAUUUCAUGCUGAGGACUUCAGCUUUGGCAUUUGGAAGACCCAUGAUAGGGUCCUCAUUCCAACACAUACUAGCUGGGUGAGUGGGCAAGGCCCUUCACCUCUCCAAACCUCAGUUUCUUCAUCCAUAAAAUGGGAUGAUUCUAUUUAAAGAGUAGUUCAGAGUAUUAAGUGUGGUGACGCAUACUGAGUACCUCAAAUAGCCUGGCACAAGGUAAGUGCUCAGUAAAUCCUAGCUAACAUUAUUGGUUUUGUUUGUAACGCCACCCUCAUGAUCAUGCUGAUGAGGUCCGUGGUAUUAUAUACCCCAUUCCUGAGACGAGAAACAUGGGACCCAGAGACAGUCCUUGUCUCGCCCGGGGUGGCCCGGCUAGUGGGUGACAAGCCAACCCAGGCUCCAGCUCCCGCCCUUGGUCCCUGACCCUACAGUUGCUGAAUAUUCAGUUGGUCAGUGCUGCUCCAUAUUCAAAGACCUUUGUUUGAGGUUAAUAAGAGCCCUUUGUUGCUGUCCAGAAGGAGUGGCCUCCAGCCAGGGCCUGGACCCUUUAGCCUCUAGGCCCCCGCCCGCCCCACCCACCACGUUGGCUCUAGGGAGCCGCUGUUACUAAUGGAAGUGGAUCAUACCCGCAGGGUGCGCAGGGGCAGGGAAAUGGAAGGUUGAGUGAGAUUCGCCGGCAACUGGCAGGGUUCCAGGCGCGUGUCUGUGUGUCAUCUGCAGUGAGACAGCUGACCGUUGUGUCUGAACAUGCUCAUCAGAGAGGCCAACGUUCCAAAUCUGCUCUGUCAGACUCCAGCUCAGAGAGCGAGGCCUUGGCUGGUUUCCCCCUCCCCAGCCCUCCCUCCUCCUGUUAGCUAGAACCUCUCUUUGGACUCCAGUGGCUUUUCUUCUCCUGUGAAUUUCCUUCAAGAAUUGCCAAGCUAUCGGUCCAUUGCACGCAGGAGGACGACCAUUCUUUCCCGAGACAAGCAAAGUGGCACUUUGCUGAAGCCGACAGACUCUUACAGCUCCCAGCUGGAGGGAGGAAUCACCGAAAACCUCAAUAGCCAAUCGAUUCGGAAGUAUGCACUGAACAUCUCUGAGAAGCGGAGGCUAAGGAACAUUCAGGAGACCCAAAUGAAGUAUUUAUCUGAGUGGGACCAGUGGAAACGGUAUAGCAGCAAGUCUUGGAAGAGGUUCAUAGGGAAGGCUCGUGAGAUGACCACCCACUUGGAGCUGUGGCGGGAGGACAUUCGCAGCAUAGAAGGGAAAUUUGGCACUGGGAUUCAGUCCUAUUUCUCCUUCUUGCGGUUUCUGGUGUUGCUGAAUUUGGUGAUAUUUCUGAUCAUCUUUAUGCUGGUUUUGCUCCCAGUCUUGCUCACCAAGUACAACAUCACCAACAGCACUUUUGUGCUCAUUCCGUCCAAAGACACGGAUGUCCAAUGCACAGUAUAUCCAAUAAGUAGCUCUGGACUCAUUUACUUUUAUAGUUAUGUCAUAGACUUGCUCUCUGGCACUGGUUUCUUGGAGGAGACCUGCCUCUUUUAUGGACAUUACACCAUUGAUGGAGUAAAAUUUCAGAACUUCACCUAUGAUCUGCCCCUGGCUUAUUUGUUAAGCACAAUUGCCUACCUGGCCCUGAGCCUUCUUUGGAUAGUGAAAAGGUCAGUGGAAGGGUUCAAAAUCAACCUGAUCCGGAGUGAGGAGCACUUCCAGAGUUACUGCAACAAGAUCUUUGCCGGCUGGGACUUCUGCAUCACCAACCGCGGCAUGGCGGACCUGAAGCACAGCAGCCUGCGGUACGAGCUCCGAGCAGAUCUGGAGGAAGAAAGAAUACGGCAGAAGAUAGCAGAAAGAACAUCAGAAGAGACAAUACGGAUUUACUCUCUGAGACUGUUUUUGAACUGUAUUGUUCUGGCCGUUUUAGCCGCGUGCUUUUAUGCAAUCUACAGAGCGACAAUAUUCUCACAAGAGCACAUGAAAAAAGAAAUUGACAAGAUGGUUUUUGGAGAGAACCUUUUGAUAUUGUACCUGCCUUCUAUUGUGAUUACGCUGGCCAAUUUUAUCACCCCAAUGAUCUUUGCCAAGAUCAUCCACUAUGAGGAUUAUUCCCCAGGCUUUGAGAUCCGGCUGACAAUACUUAGGUGUGUCUUUAUGCGGCUGGCUACCAUCUGUGUGCUGGUAUUCACGCUGGGUUCCAAGAUUACAUCCUGUGAUAACUACUCCUGUGAGCUCUGUGGCUACAACCAGAAACUCUACCCGUGCUGGGAGACCCAAGUUGGGCAGGAAAUGUACAAGCUGAUGAUCUUUGACCUCAUCAUCAUCUUGGCUGUGACACUUUUUGUGGAUUUUCCCAGAAAGCUCCUGGUGACCUACUGUUCCUCUUGGAAGCUGAUUCAGUGCUGGGGACAGCAGGAAUUUGCCAUUCCUGAUAACGUUCUGGGGAUCGUCUAUGGGCAAACCAUUUGCUGGAUUGGAGCAUUUUUCUCACCUCUUCUCCCUGCAAUUGCAACCUUGAAAUUCAUUAUCAUCUUUUAUGUGAAAGAGAUGAGUCUUCUUUAUACCUGCAGACCCUCCCCAAGGCAGUUCAGAGCAUCCAAUUCUAAUUUCUUCUUCCUGUUGGUGUUGUUGAUUGGGCUGUGUUUGGCCAUAAUACCUCUGACAAUCAGCAUGGCACGCAUCCCUUCCUCAAAAGCCUGUGGGCCAUUCACCAACUUCAACACCACCUGGGAGGUGGUCCCCAAGACAGUGAGCACCUUUCCCAGCUCACUGCAGUCCCUGGUCUAUGGCGUCACAUCGGAAGCCUUUGCAGUGCCUUUUUUCAUGAUCAUCUGCCUCGUCAUGUUUUACUUCAUCGCCCUGGCUGGAGCACACAAGCGGGUGGUGGUCCAGCUCCGAGAGCAGCUGUCCCUGGAAAGUCGUGACAAGCGUUACCUGAUCCAGAAACUAACAGAAGCGCAGAAGGAUAUGAAGAACCGACUGGACUGGCAAUGAGGAUCCUUCCACGUGUUGCUCAUAAGCUGACCUGGUGACCUGCCGAGCCUACAGAGUCCACCUGGGUUUGGAGCAGAACUUUUAAAAUACAUUUUUCUGGAGUUCAGGUCUUCCCUGAAGGUGGCGGUGGUGUUUAUGGCACCCAGCCCCUGGGGAGGGCUUUCGUGACUUAGAAAAAGCAGGUUCAAACCAAAUGUUUGCCUGUAGACCAGCAGCUUAGUGACUCUCCCCCAAAACUGACUUAUUAAGCCGUUUAAGGUGUCAGAACAAAAGUUGAGGAGGGAGAGCCCUUUUGUAUUUUUCAAAGCUUAUUUGUGUUGUCUUUUACGGUUAACAUUAGUAGAGGUCACCCAUUCAUGAGGCUGAGUUAGUUCUUUUGCAACCAGGUUCUGGGGGUUUAGGCUGAGAAGUGUACCUUAAGAAGUAGUAGCCCUUUUGACUUAAAAUGAGACCUGAUUUUUUUUUUCAUAAAGAGGGAUCCUUGAAUUGGGAUGUUUGGAACAGAUGGUGGAAACAUGGAGAGGGUGUGUGUGUGAUCCUAGCUACCUGGUGAUAAUAUGAGAGAAAAAAGCCAUUCCUGCUGGGUGAAUAAGCAGUCUCUGAAUACCCUGGAUGAAGCUUUAGGAGGAGGGGAAUGGCUACGGAUUGAGGGCCUUGACGUCUUAGCUUCCGGCGCAUUUUGCUGUAGCCUUCUUACUCAGGGGGAAGCUGUCUCUACAGUGCUGGGUCCCUUCUGGUCCUGAGUUCUGAGACUUAGCAAAGGGCCCUGGGUCAUCAAAAUUAAGAGGCAAAGUUUGUCUUUCAAGUCUUCCAAAUGCCAUUUCCCUCACUGCACUGAGGUUCCCAGCUCUAAAGGACACUAAACAUUCCAGGCUGGAAAGGGCGGUUGAGUACGUGCACAGAGCAUGGAGCUCCAUGGUUUACGUGCCCGACUGUUGGAGGCCGUGGGUUGCAGCAUCAGACCGGCCUGUGUCCGUGUCCCAGAGUACACAGAAUGCUGGCAUCUUCAAGGCACAUAUCCAUAUUUUAAGGGCUAUUGUUUUGUGCCGAAAAUUUUGACUUCUAUUUUAUAAAAUAUGCAGAGUAUAGCUUCAGGGUUUCCAUUACAGCAAAACAAAAACAAAAACAAAAAACAAAACCCAUGUGCAAUAAAUACCUCGUCAUAAGCUUACCCGAAAUUGAUAGCUCUGAACCUUUCAGUAUAAGCCUAAAUUAUUGUUUCGUGUCAUCAGUUCUCAUCUUAGUAUCUUCAGAAUCUUUUCCAGAGUACUUCGUUUUGUAACAGACUGCAUGAGCCUUUCUUCUGUUGUUUUCCUUCCUUUCACUGGUUCAAAACCUUUUCCUAGGGAGUAGCCUGGAGUUUAAAGCUGGGUACAUAUUUUAGAAAGCUGCCCCUAAGAGUAUUUCCCACCCCCACUCCUACCCUCUAUUACUCCAAAAUGAUUGACUCCUUGCUCUGAGGAGCAAAGCAAGCUUGCCAUAGCUUACACAUUUCUGUAUAUUUGCCCCUUUGCCACAUCAUUUUCUCGCUCUUCCCCAAAGUUAGCAUUAACACGGGAUAUUUAUGUACCUGUGAGACCAAUGAGCUUUUCAAGCUAAUAACUAGUAUCAUGGAAUUUUGAGUAACCAAAAGUUCAUUCUGUCCUCACUUGAAAAAAAUUCUAAUUGGAGUUAGGGACUAAUAUGCGUUUUUGUCUAGCACACUUACAUACAUAUAUGUUUUUGCCUUCACCAUGAUUCUGAGGACAGUCAAGUUGUGUGUGUGUGUGUGCGCGUGCGUGCGCGUGUGCAUGUAUGUAAGUGUGUGAGAUGGAAGCUCCGUUCUUUCCCUCUUAUAAAAUUGAUACUGAUGUAUGCUAAUAUAUUCAUUUUGGUUAAAUGCUGCUGAUUUGCAUACCUCUUACUUGAAUGUUUUUAUAUAUUUUGAUAACUUUAAUAACUUCAAGUGAUGUCUGUGUAAUUGUUGGAAGUGCAGGUCUAACAAAUGUGCCUUAAAACUACUGAUUAAACAGUAUCUUGAAGGUUUUAAAG